CUGUCAGAGGGCUGAAGACUUGAAAACUAUUUCUCUUUCGAAAAGCGAGCGAAAUCCCUCACCUCGGGAAACCCAGGUGCAACACUUUGAAGCACAUUGGUUCCGUUUAGGUGGCCCCACUUUACAUUUUCAGCAUAAAGUAAAAAAAACAAAAACCUUUCGUUUUCACUACAGGUGCAAUUACUUACUGUGGUACGUUUUCUUAAUGCCGAAAUAUUAUGAUCUGCAGUGUUUUUAAUUACAAUCAGUGACGUGAUGAUAAUGUAAUGAUGCGCACUGUAUAAAGCAUUAAUACGCCUCUCUCACUCCUCUGGCAUCCACCCUCUCUCCCCACAUAUGUUUGAAGCUCGCUCUAUCACAGCCAGUCUCUGGCCCAUCUCGAAGCUUGUGCAGCAAUAAUCUGCCAAUAGCGAGCCUGCUGAGGUGGGGAGAGAGCGAGCACAAGCACAUACUAUACAGCGUGCGAAGCUCGUGUUUAUAUGUAAUAUGUGAGCGGCAGGAAGCAGCUCGUUCUGCUCAUUGCAGAAGGACGGCAGGAUGGCGAGAGGACGGCGGGGUCUCGUGGCCCCUCAGAACACGUUUCUAGAGAACAUCGUCCGCCGGUCCAACGAUACCAAUUUUGUGCUGGGAAACGCUCAGAUCGUGGAGUGGCCUAUCGUCUAUAGCAAUGAUGGCUUCUGUAAACUCUCUGGCUACCAUCGGGCUGAGGUCAUGCAAAAGAGCAGCACCUGCAGCUUCAUGUAUGGAGAGCUGACAGACAAGGAAAUGAGUGAGAAGGUUCGACAGACCUUUGAGAACUACGAGAUGAACUCUUUUGAGAUUCUGAUGUACAAGAAAAACCGGAUGCCAGUUUGGUUUUUCAUGAAGAUUGCCCCAAUCAGAAAUGAGCAGGACAAAGUUGUCCUGUUUCUCUGCACUUUCAGUGACAUCACUGCCUUCAAGCAACCGAUUGAGGAUGAAUCUUCUAAAGGGUGGGGUAAAUUUGCUCGUUUGACUCGUGCACUAACCAGCAGUCGAGGAGUUCUUCAGCAGCUUGCCCCAGCUGUCCAUAAAGGAGAGAAUGUUCAUAAACAUUCACGCCUGGCAGAGGUUCUCCAGCUGGGUUCAGAUAUCUUGCCUCAGUACAAACAGGAAACCCCAAAGACACCACCACACAUCAUUCUCCACUAUUGCCUUUUCAAGACCACGUGGGACUGGGUUAUCCUCAUCCUGACGUUCUACACUGCUAUCAUGGUGCCCUACAAUGUCUCAUUUAAGACCAAGCAGAACAAUGUCACCUGGCUGGUGGUGGACAGCAUUGUGGAUGUCAUCUUCCUCGUGGACAUUGUCCUCAAUUUCCACACUACGUUUGUUGGUCCAGCUGGAGAGGUUAUCUCUGAUCCCAAACUAAUUCGCAUGAACUAUGUCAAAACCUGGUUUGUCAUCGACCUCUUGUCCUGCUUGCCUUAUGAUGUUAUCAACGCUUUUGAGAAUGUGGAUGAGGGAAUCAGCAGCCUGUUUAGCUCUCUCAAAGUGGUACGUCUGCUGCGUUUGGGUCGAGUUGCCAGAAAGCUGGAUCAUUACAUUGAGUAUGGUGCUGCUGUGCUGGUUUUGCUGGUGUGUGUGUUUGGCCUGGCAGCCCACUGGCUGGCCUGUAUCUGGUACAGCAUCGGAUACUAUGAGGUGAUUGAUGAGAACACCAACACUGUGAGGAUGGACAGCUGGUUGUACCUGUUAGGAGAGACAGUUGGGACGCCAUACAGAUUCAAUGCCUCGAGCUCAGGCGUCUGGGAGGGCGGGCCCAGUAAAGACUCAGCCUACAUCACUUCGUUGUACUUUACCAUGACCAGUCUGACCAGUAUUGGCUUUGGAAACAUAGCACCAAACACAGAUGGAGAGAAGAUCUUUGCUGUAGCCAUGAUGAUGAUUGGAUCACUGCUGUAUGCCACCAUUUUUGGUAACGUCACCACCAUCUUCCAGCAGAUGUAUGCCAACACCAACAGGUACCAUGAGAUGCUCAACAGCGUGAGAGACUUCCUCAAGCUCUACCAGGUCCCUAAAGGCCUGAGUGAGCGUGUGAUGGACUACAUUGUGUCCACCUGGUCCAUGUCAAGAGGCAUUGAUACUGACAAGGUGCUGCAGAUUUGUCCAAAGGACAUGCGAGCAGACAUCUGUGUCCACCUCAACAGGAAGGUGUUUAAGGAACACCCGGCAUUUCGCCUGGCCAGUGAUGGCUGCCUGCGGGCUCUGGCCAUGGAGUUUCAGACCAUCCACAGUGCCCCUGGUGACCUUAUCUAUCAUGCUGGAGAGAGUGUGGACAGCCUUUGCUUCGUUGUGUCAGGAUCGCUGGAGGUCAUCCAGGACGAUGAGGUGGUGGCCAUUUUAGGUAAAGGUGAUGUGUUUGGUGACGUGUUCUGGAAGGAGAUGACACUGGCUCAGUCCUGUGCUAAUGUCCGAGCAUUGACCUACUGUGACCUCCAUAUAAUCAAAAGAGAUGCGCUGCAAAAAGUUCUGGAGUUUUACGCCAACUUUGCAAACCACUUUGCCAGGAACCUGGUGCUUACUUACAACCUGAGGAAAAGGAUUAUCUUUCGGAAGAUCAGUGAUGUGAAACGUGAAGAGGAAGAGAUGCUGAAAAGGAAGAAUGAGGCUCCUCUCAACCUCCCACCAGACCACCCAGUUCGACGACUCUUUCAGCGUUUCCGGCAGCAGAAGGAAGCCCGUCUCGCUGCUGAGCGGGGUAGUCAGGCCACUGGUGAUGUCGAGAAAGGUGUUAUUCACCUGGAGCCAUCCAGAGGUCCAGAGAGGCUUGCCUCUACUAGUAUUGUCAUAGUAACUGAGAACCAAGCUGCAACCACCAGUUCUUCCACAUCUUCAUCAUCCAGGGUAUCCAGCCAAGCCAUGUUUCAUGUUCCCGGCAUCCAAAAUGGCAGCCUAACUGGUUGCAAAUCUGCAGAGCCACCCAAAGCUAAAGGGUGGGGACGUUUCAAAGAGUCAGUUGUGAAAGCUGAGUCAUGGAGCAGUGUCUCCAAGGCUGAGUCCAUGGAAAUGCUGACUGAUAGAACUAAGUGUCACAACGAGGUGUCUCUAAGGAAAACAGAUUCAUGUGACAGUGGCAUCACAAAGAGUGAUCUCCGCUUAGAUAAUGUUGGCAGUGUCAGAACACCACAGGAGCGGAGCCCAGUCCAGUCUGAUGAAAAGAGGGUCUUUUGUCCAAUACCAGAGCAGAGUGUGCAAGCGUCUAUCCUCGAGUUCAAACAAGAAUUAAAAGGAGACAUCAGAAAUCUGAACAGUCGCAUGACAGUGCUGGAGACACAGCUUACAGAGGUGCUACGACUUCUUAAAUCAAGGAAAUCAUCUGGGUCCUUUUUUGAGUUCUCUCGGCCACCAUCUCCUGACUCUGAUAAGGACAGCUUCAAUUAAAUUAGAUGGCUCGGAUACAUACAUAAUUGUGGUUAGUGAUGAUUCAUCAUUGUCAUAUCAUACUCAGCAUACUCAUCCUAUGCUGUCUGUAUGGUAUCAUAUACCAUAUGAUACCUGGGACAUAAAGACAGCAAAAGCACCUUUUAUGUUUUCAGCAUUACGUUUCUUUUUGAGAUAGUCAGGUCCAUAAAUAUUGGGACACCGACACAAUUCUAACAUUUUUGGCUCUAUACACCACCACAGUGGAUUUCAAUGGAAUGAUACGAGCAAGAUGUGCUUUAACUGCAGACUGUCAGCUUUUGUUUGAGGGUAUUUACAUCCAAAUCAGGUGAACAGUUUGCAUAUGUGCCUCCCAAAAGUAAUGGGACAGAAUAAGAAUCAUAGAUCAAACUUUCACGUUUUAAUACUUGGUUGCAAAUCCUUUGCAGUCAAAUACAGCACACACAUAGACAUCACCAGACGCUGGGUUUCAUCUCUGGUGAUGCUCUGCCAGGCCUCUACUGCAACCGUCUUCAGUUCCUGCUUGUUCUUGGGGCAUUUUCCCUUCAGUUUUGUCUUCAGCAAGUGAAAUGCAUGCUCAAUCGGAUUCAGGUCAGGUGAUUGAAUUGGCCAUUGCAAAACAGUCCACUUCUUUCCCUUCAAAAACUUUUUGGUUGCUUUUGUAGUAUGCUUUGGAUCAUUGUCCAUCUGCACUGUGAAGCGCCGUCCAAAGAGUUCUGAAGCAUUUGGCUGAAUAUGAGCAGAUAAUAUUGCCCGAAACAAAGGUCACCAACAUGUAGCCACACAUCUGAAAGCAUAUUGAUUUGCUCUCUUAAUAUUUAGACUGUAGUAUUGAUAUUUUAACCUUUGCCUUUUUAUUUUAUAUUAAAAAGGCAAAGGCAUAUUUUAACCUGUGCUGCUUUUGUCAGCAGUCACGUCAUCAAAUACAAGAGAACGAGUUCGACUGGGAGCCAUACAUGCCCACGCCAUGACACUACCACCACCAUGCUUCACUGAUGAGGUGGUAUGCUUAGGAUCAUGAGCAGUUCCUUUCCUGCACCAUACUCUUUUCUUCCCACCACGCUGGUACAAGUUGAUCUUGGUCUCAUCUGUCCAUAGGAUGUUGUUCCAGAACUGUGAAGGAUUUUUAGAGGGUGUCUGGCAAAAUCUAAUCUGGCCUUUCUGUUUUUGGGGCUCACCAAUGGUUUACAUCUUGUGGUGAACCCUUUGUAUUCACACUGGUGAAGUCUUCUCUUGAUUGUUGACUUUGACACACAGAAACCUAAGCGUCUUUUUAUUCCCACCCUAUUCCCACCUACUAAUAAUCUCACCUACAAUGAUGCACAUAUUGUUUGUGCAUCACAAGGCUGUAGUUUUACCUGUGGCAUGUGAGGUGACUUCAAGAUGCAAAUUAGACAAAAAAAGUGAAGUGGUACAGAAUACUCUAGACAGCUAUCAUAUUUAAAGCAAGGGCCACAAAAGUUAACUUGGUAAGCUUUUACUAUAACGAGAUGAUCAGAGCCAACUUGCUAAUGCUGGUGCUAUCUUGACCAAUAUUGUCAAUAUAGGACACUUUGUUUUUCCCUUUUGCUUAGAAAGGCCCUCACUGUAGCUUGUAUUUAGGGUGGUGUAGGAGGCAACUUUUCUGUUUCUGGUUACUUUUUUUCAUUCUAGAAAAUAGAUAAAGAUAGGAUUUUUAUAAAGUAUAUGAUGUUGUUGUUCUGAGCUGGUUUUAACUGACCUUAUGUCAUAAUCUUUGUCUUUGACUUUUUGUAGAAUCCUAUGUGUUUCUAAAAUAUAUGCAGAGAACCACGUUUUGGCAAGUAUUGUACACUUAUUAAACUACUGAUUUGUUUGUAAAGAAGCUGAGGUACUGGACACUGAAUGGUAACAAAGUUAGGCUUUUACUGCCUAAAUGCUAUCUGUUGUCUUUAGAUGGUUCACACUCUGAAGGUGACGUUUCAUUUAUGUCAUAAAACCUGCUCAACCUACUGUAGAUUAUGUGUGUUGUUGCUUCAAGGGAUUUAUUAAAAUGAGUAGAUGCCCUCACAAGCAGCAAGGGGCCUUAAAACUAAUUUAAAAAGAAAACGCAAUCCACAUGUAAGAUAAGAUAAACCUUUAUGAGUCCCACACGUAGGAAAUAUUUUGGUCACAGCAGAAAGCACAAGUUAAGAGCAGUAAAAAUUAAAAAAAGAAAAAGAAAAAACAAUAGAAUAGAAUAAGAUAAGAUAGAAUAACAUACUAUACAAAAUAUUAAAAAGCUAAAAUGAGGAUUAAAUUUAAGGUCUUAUGCAAUUAAUAUCACACAAAUAGUUAAAGCUGCAUUCACUCAUAUUUGACACCAUUUUGACAGAAAGAUUUUAGAUAAUGUCUCUUCAUUUAGAUUACUAGAGCUAUUGAAUAAGAUAUUUCUGUGUAUGUCAGUCAGUGCCUCCUUCAGGAGAGACGUGUGUUCUCUCUUCUGACCCCUAAAUCUUUGUUGGAUUUUUUAAAAUUUACUAUUUAAUAUGUAAUUUAAAACAGUUCCUAUGAAAAAAAAUCACUUGCCAGAUAUUCUUUUACUUUACCUUACUUUAGCAAAGACAGUUCAUCAACUCUCAUUAGUUUCUUUUUUUCUUUCUUUCUCUUUUUUUUUUGUUCACUAAUAUUAAGGUGUGUUCACAGCAGUGGAAAAAUUCCAGGCCACAAUAACAUUUUAGAUUAUCUAGCCAAAAGACAAAAUUUAUGUCAUUGCGAAGUGUCCAUCAUCCUUUAACAAUUCAUAAGAAUCGCUAUCCCUCCUUGGGAGGCCAAGUUACACACACUAAUGCGCUAAUGAUUUUUCAUCUAAACUGUGCUAAAGGUGAAGGUCAUGGUUGUUGAAGGUCAAGGACUGAUCGAAGUGCUUAACUUUAAAAACAUUAAAAAUACAAGAAUUUUAAAUAUAUAUAUAUGUGUGUGUGUGUGUGUGAGGAACCUUGGAGUAAUUUUUGACCAGGAUACGUCCUUCAAUGCGCAUAUUGAACAAAUAUGUAGCGGCUUUCUUCCAUUUGCACAAUAUAUCUCUAAAAUAUUUCUAGGCUGGACUACUGUAAUUCGUUCGUAUCAGGAUGUUUAAAAACUCCCUGAAAACCCUUCAGUUUAUCCACACUGCUGAAGGAACUGUACCUAAAGGGAUUAGAAAGAGAGAGCAUAUUUGUCCUAUAUUGGCUUUUCUUCAUUGGUUGCCUGUUAAAUCCCUAAUCAAAUUUAAAAUCCUUUUCACCACAUACAAGGUCUUGAAUAAUCAGGUCCCAUCUUAUCUUAAUGGUCUUAUAGUAUUAUACCACUCCAUAAGAGCACUUCGCUUUCAGACUGUGGGCUUACUUGUUGUUCUUAGAGUAUUUAAAAGAAGAAUGGGAGGCUGAGCCUUCAGCUUUCAUGCCCCUCAACUAUGGAGCCAGCUUCCAGUUUGGAUUUCAUCUCUUUUUCUCAUCAAUUACUGUUUGUAAGCUAGUGAAAGUCCUAAUAUGGCCAAAGAUGGGCCAAACCUUAGCUAGAUGUGCACAUUACUAUGGUAGGUAGGGACACCUAUUAUCACCUAUUACCUAGUAAAAUUAUUUCUAUAAUUAACUUUUAAUUAUACAAAUUUUGAUCAAUAUCUGAAGAAAUAUGGACUUUACAGCACACAGGACCAUGCAGUUGAACAAAUUGAAGUAUAAGCUUUACAUCAUGUGUCCACAUAAAUUGUAAACUGUAUUGUCUUCUUAUGUAAACAAGGGUCUCCACUGACAAAACAGAAUGUACAUGUGGUACAUUCUUUCAUACUAAGCUGUAGAAGGUGUUUAUUCACUGAACUUUUCCUCACAUCAUUUAAAUGUCUCUAUUAGCUUGGAAAGAAAGCAACUGGACUUCUUUAAUUUUCUUUCCACGCUGCCUAGACUACCAUUACCUGGAUGAUUGAGAACCAACAUAGACAUAUUGCCUUUAUUAAAGAAUGCAUCAUGCAUAUUGUUCUGCAACUUUAAUCAGCAUCAGAAUACUUUAUUAAUCCCUAGGAAAUUAUGUAAAUUAUGUAAGCUCUGUGUUGUCUGCAAGCAUGAAGAAAACACUAAAAGUGUACCAACUAUAAACUUUAACUGAAAACUUUACAGUAAAAUUUCAAAUGUCAGGCUUCAUGACAAAUCUGAUAAAGUAUUAAUUAUAAGCACAGAAAAUAAAGUGUGUCAUUCAAAAAAUGUCAAAAAUGUACCCUCUUGACUUGUCUAAAUAAUAACCUGAGAUGUAUGUAUCCCAACUUGGUACCUGGUGUGUCCUCUCUCAGUGUGAUAAUAUGUCAUAAUAUGCAACUAUUGUCAUAUAUGCUGUGUUUAUGGAGAGACUGGUUGUUAUUUGUGUGAAGUUGUGAAGGUCAUGUUGUCCUGCGGGGGAACUGCUAUCAACACUGAUGCAUUUUGAUUGUCAUCCCUGCAUGAAGCUUGUGUCUGAAAUGUGUUUUUCUAAAGGAAAUGCUUAAAUCUAGCUGAAUGCCUUGUUACUUCACUACUGUUACUUGUUACCUGGCUGGAUCUCUGAAGCCUCUUCUCUAAACGUUACCAUUUUCUGUUAGUCACAUAUAUGUUGCGACUGUCACCUGUGCAUGAUGACCACCUAAAUGUUUAAAUAGAUAGAUUAGAUAGAUAGAUAACAAUAAAUAGAUAGAUAGAUUUUGUUUUGUUUUUGUUUGUUUGUUGUUAGGUCUGUUUCCAUUUUUUCACUUGUUAUGAAGUAACACUGUAU